CACGAUCGUACCCAUAGAGCCAAAUAAUAGACUGAUCCUUGAAAGAUUGAGUGACUGAGACCAUGUCUGACCAUUACAGAACGGCCGUGGAGGGUACCCUCCAGCGUAAUUUGUCAACCGUUUUGUCAAGCGAAAACAACGCCGACAUGAAAUGGAGCUAUGUUUCUGGGGAAAGUUCUGAGCCCUUAAGUAGCAAGCCUCUUAGUCAAUUAUUCGAUGAAAAGACUACGGAGUUUGCCUCACGGACCUGCAUUGUGUCUACCUAUCAAGGUAUCAGCAAGACCUUUGCCGAGGUCAAGAAAGAAGUGGACCGUUUGGCUGCUGGGUUAAUAUCCUUGGGUAUGAACCAAGGAGACCGACUCGGAAUUUGGGGCAUCACUUGCUAUGAAUGGUAUCUGGUCCAAUUUGCGGCUGUCAAGGCCGGAUUAGUGUUGGUCAAUAUCAAUCCCGCAUACCAAGCGGCUGAAUUGAAGUAUUGCUUGAAUUUGGUGGAUGUGAAAGGUCUGGUGUGCUCUGAAACGUUUAGAACCCAGAAUUAUUACAAGAUAUUGAAUGCUGUUGCUCCUGAAGUGGAGGGAUCCAAGCCCGGGGCCAUCAAAUCAGCCAAUGCUCCUGCCUUGGAAAAGUUGGUCAUGAUCUCUGACAAAGAGUUUGCGGGAGCCUUUCGAUUCCAAGACGUCAUGAAGAUGGGGGACUGCAAAGAACAAAUUGAUAAAUUGAACGGUUUGCAAAACAGAUUGCAAAUGGAAGACCCUUGCAAUAUCCAAUUCACCUCGGGAACUACUGGAAAUCCCAAGGGAGCUUGUUUGUCCCAACACAAUGUUGUGAACAACUCACGAGUCAUUGGAAAGCGACUGCAAUACGACCAAAAGCCCCAUGCGAUUUGCCUUGCUGUUCCGUUUUACCACUCCUUUGGGUGUGUUAUGGGCAACAUUUGUGGCUUGACCUUUGGGGCCAAGGUUGUGAUACCCGCUGCUCAUUUCAAUGCCAAGUCUUGCUUGGAAGCCAUCGAGAAGGAAAAGUGCACGGCAAUUUAUGGCUCACCAACCAUGUUCGUGGACAUGCUCAAUUUACAACGAAGACAUGCCUAUGACGUUUCCUCCGUUGAAACUGGCAUCAUGGCAGGAGCCUCUUGUCCCACGGAACUUUGCAAGAACGUCGGCAAAGAAUUGAAUAUGACCCGGUUUACAGUCGCCUAUGGUAUGACUGAGACAGGCCCAGUCACGUUCCAGGCAUUUCCUGGAGCGUCAACCACGUUGUACGUGACCCCGCACGUGGAGGCUAAGGUUUGUGACGAAAACGGGAAAUUACUCCCUUGCGGAUCUCCCGGAGAGGUGUGUAGUCGAGGCUACACGACGAUGCUGGGUUAUUGGAAUGACGAGCAGAAGACCAAAGAUUCUAUUGAUUCCAAGCGUUGGUUCCACUCCGGAGACUUGGGUGUCAUUCAUGAGAACGGGAGCUUAGAAAUCGUAGGUCGGAUCAAGGACAUGAUCAUCCGUGGAGGAGAGAACCUUUUCCCGAAGGAGAUCGAGGAGUUACUUCAUCAACAUCCCAAAGUCAUGGAGGCCAGUGUGGUGGGAAUUCCCGACGAGCGGAUGGGUGAGGAGCUCUGUGCUUGGAUUCGCCUGGAGGACAACACUCAAUGUACUGAGGAGGAGCUCAAGGCUUACUUCAAAGGAAAAAUCGCCCAUUUCAAGAUUCCGAGAUUUAUCAUUUUCGUUGACAAGUUCCCGGUGACUGUCACGGGAAAGAUUCAAAAAUUCAAGAUCAUUGAGGAGAGCAUCAAGAAAUUGGCGCAUUAAAACAUGACAUGAAAUGAAAUUGAUUUUGAGUCUAUUUCAAAACCAACGAUGAUUGUGCUGCUACCGAUUCAAUAA